AUGGCGAAGACGCAACCCCGCGGGCCGACGGCGGCGGAGCCGCUGCUCCCCCCGCCGCCGUACCUCGGCCCCCACUCGCCAUCCCACCUCCACGACGCCGACCUCCACGACUCCUACGUCCUCCUCGUCCCCGUGCGCCUCCGCCGCCGCCUGCGCGGGGGCUGCGGCUGCGGCCGCGUCGCGGCGGCCCUCGCCGCCCUCGCGCUCCUGGCCCUCGCCUUCCUCCUCUGGCCCUCCGACCCUGGCGUCAGCGUGGCGCGCCUCCGCCUCGCGCACGCCUCCGUCGUCGCCCGCCCCGCCGUCGCCCUCAACGUCUCCGCCGCGCUCAAGGCCCGCGUCCGCAACCCCAACCUCUUCGCGCUCGCCUACAGCCGCCUCGACGUCGCUAUCGGGUAUCGUGGCAAGCCGCUCGGCACCGUCGCCUCCGGCGGCGGCCUCGUCCGCGCGCGCGCCGUCUCCUACGUCGACGCCGACCUCCGCCUCGACGGGAUUCGCGUCGUCGAGGACGCCAUCUACCUGUUCGAGGACCUCGCGCGCGGGUCCAUACCCUUCGACGCCGUCGUCGAGGUCGAGGGCCACCUCCGCUUCUUCUUCCUCAGCGUCCCCGUCAAGGGGAGAAUAGCUUGUGUGGUUCAUGUUAAUCCACACGAUCAGACCAUCGUACACCAGGACUGCUAUCCAAGUGAGUUCGUGAGGCCUCGAGCUAUAUUCGCGUGUGAAUCGAUUGGUGGUUGUUGUAUAUUUGAUCGGUGGUGA